AGGCGACUCUGCUGAGUUUGCUCCCCUGGAGGGGACCCACCCACAGGACCUUGCCGUCUGUGUCCUGAGAGGCACAAGUGGCUGGUGCCUCUGGACAUGGUGGUGACAGUGAAUGACUAAGCCAUGGGAAGAUGGAUGAACCAGUCCUACACAGACGGCUUCUUCCUCUUGGGCAUCUUUUCCCAUAGCCAGACUGACCUUGUCCUCUUCUCCGUGGUUAUGAUGGUCUUCACAGUGGCCCUCUGUGGGAAUGUCCUCCUCAUCUUCCUCAUCUACAUGGACACUGGACUUCACACUCCCAUGUACUUCUUCCUCAGCCAGCUCUCCCUCAUGGACCUCAUGUUAGUCUGUAACUUUGUGCCAAAGAUGGCAGCCAACUUCCUGUCUGGCAGGAAGUCCAUCUCCUUUGUGGGCUGUGGCAUACAAAUUGGCUUUUUUGUCUCUCUUGUGGGAUCUGAGGGGCUCUUGCUGGGACUCAUGGCUUAUGACCGCUACGUGGCCAUUAGCCACCCACUUCACUAUCCCAUCCUCAUGAAUCAGAAGGUCUGUCUCCAGAUUACUGGGAGCUCCUGGGCCUUUGGGAUAAUAGAUGGAGUGAUUCAGAUGGUGGCAGCCAUGAGCUUACCUUACUGUGGCUCGAGGAGCGUGGAUCACUUCUUCUGUGAGGUGCCAGCUUUAUUGAAGCUGGCCUGUGCAGACACUUCUCUUUUUGACACCCUUCUCUUUACUUGCUGUGUCCUCAUGCUUCUCCUUCCCUUCUCCAUCAUCGUGGCCUCCUAUGCUUGCAUCCUAGGGGCUGUGCUCCGAAUACGCUCUGCUCAGGCCUGGAAAAAGGCUCUGGCCACCUGCUCCUCCCACCUGACAGCUGUCACCCUCUUCUAUGGGGCAGCCAUGUUCAUCUACCUGAGGCCUAGGCGCUACCGGGCCCCCAGCCAUGACAAGGUGGCCUCUAUCUUCUACACGGUCCUUACUCCCAUGCUGAACCCCCUCAUUUACAGCUUGAGGAACCGGGAGGUGAUGGGGGCACUGAGGAAGGGGCUGGACCGCUGCAGGAUUGGCAGCCAGCACUGAACCCAGAGUGUGGUGCCUGCUGUGCCACUUCUUGUCUGUGUCACAUUGGGAAGUCACUCAACCUUUGUGAGUGUCUGUUUCCAUUCACCUGUUGAUGGUCAUUCGAUGGUUUAUAGGUUUUGGCCAUUGUAAGAAAAGCCAUUAUGAACAUUUCUGUACCAAAAAAAAAAAAAAGGAAAAAAGAUAAUCAUGACACCUGUGCUCUGAGGGAUUUUGUAAAGAUCACAAUGUGUCAAUCCAAAGCUCCAUGAUGAAGCAAUAGCUUGCUAUUAUUGUCCUUGUUGAUUGUUUAUAACAUCCUUGGACUAAAUUUACUCUAUUUUUUAUUUUCUUUAUUUUAUUUUUUGUGUUUUUCUGCUCUUUAAUGCUAUAUUUCUUAAUUCUUCUUGGUAAUAGCUGUCUUUUAUUGGAUGCUUACUAAGUUCUAGGUUCCUGUUCCUUUUCUAUUCUUUCUAAAUUAUUUAAUUGACUUAGAUUAACACGUGGAUAUCUUAAGUGGAAACUUUCUAAAUGGCAGAAAUUGAGUCCCUAUAACUCUUCUUGGACAGUUCUUUGCCUUUUUCUAUGUUCAGUUAGAGGCUUUAUAAAACCUCCUUUAGGUAAUAAAAAUAAAUCUCUGCAGUUUAGUAGUUAUCCUUGCAGGGGGAAUAUCUUGUUUUUUUGUGUGUGUUAUGAAAGGAAAAUAUCUUGGGCCCCAAAUCACUAGGAUAAAGGGAAAAGUCAAGCUGGGAACUGCUCAGGGCAAAUCUACCUCCCAUUCUAUUCAAAGUCAUCCCUCUGCUCACUGAGAUAGAUGCAUCUUCUGAUUGCCUCCUUUGGAAAGGCUCGUCAGAAACUCAAAAGACUGCAACCAUUUGUCUCUCACCUACCUGUGACCUGGAAGCCCCCUCCCUGCUUCGAGUUGUCCCCGCCUUUCUGGACAGAAGCAGUGUAUUUCUUACAUAUAUUGAUCGAUGUCUCAUGUAUCCCUAAAAUAUAUAAAACCAAGUGUGCCCUGACCACCUUGGGCACGUGUCAUCAGGACCUCCGGAGGGCCGCGUCACGGGUGCGCGUCCUCAACCUUGAGAAAAUAAACUUUCUAAAUUAACUGAUACCUGUCUCAAAUGUUGGGGGUUCACAGUGUAUUACCAGUACCAGACCCUGUGCCUUAUAAAUAGCAGUUGCUCAGUAAAACAUUAUUGAAUGAAUGCAAGAAGAGAGCAUCAAGUGAGGUAAUAUAAAUGGAAGCAUUUU